UUUGCAAACAAAAAAGCCUUUGUAUAAACUGAGAAAAACCAAACACACUUUCUGACACGCUACCAUAAAAUGCAACACCGCCAUUGAACUCUCUCACUCACUCACUUUCUAAGCUUUGUAUGCAAUGCAAGCAAUGUCUCAAGUAGUCCACCUUGUCUCCAAGAACGUUCCAGAUCUUGGCUUUCUUGCAGGUUGUGGAGUGGUAGAAGGUGGAUGUCUCCCUUGUUCAGGAGUUUCUGGAAGAGCAACCACUGUAUCUCCUUCUUCUCGCAUUGACUGUAGGUUCCAUUCACAGUUCAAGAUUGGAUCACUGAAAUGUGCUUCAAAGGGAGUAGCUUUUGUCUGCCAAGCAAAUGCUGGUGGUCAUAGGAGAAACCCAGACUUUUCAAGACAAAACAGGCGCAGUUUCUCCAGAAACAGGAACAGGCAAAAUGAAGAGAGAGAGAGCUUUGUCAACCUCGAUGAAUCUGAUAUGUUAUCUUCAAAGAAUGGACCACUACUCUCUCUCUCCAGUACUCCUAAAUUUAAUGCAACUGCAACACCUGGACCUAGGGAGAAGGAGAUUGUUGAGCUAUUUAGAAAGGUCCAGGCUCAACUUCGAGAGAGAGCUGCAACCAAAGAAGAAAAGAAGAUUGAAGCCUUGCAAGGUCAAGGCAAAGAGAGUGAGACUGUGGAUUCGCUUCUGAAGUUAUUAAGGAAACACUCAGCCGAGCAAAGCAAGAGAAGUAGCGGGAUCAAUGACAGCAACAAAGACUUUAUUUUGGACCAACCGGCACAGAAUGACCCAUAUAAUGAAGGAAAAAGUUCAAGCUUCUAUAAUUCAAAUAGCAGUUUGAAGGAUGAGGAACAAGAACGUAAUGCCUCUCCCUCAAGUAGGCCUCCAUCAAAUUUCCAACGCAAGUCUCCUGUUCCUCGCGCGAAAUACCAGCCCAUUUAUUCUGGUGAGGACACUAUCAAUACCAUGCCCCAAGUGAAUUUGAGUGAGAAGAGUGGGGAGAAUCAGGUUGAGAGUGACCUAAAGACUGAACAAGAGUCAGAGCCAGAGCUGGAGCUUGAACCUGAGCCUGAGCCUGAGCCCGAGCCCGAGCCCGAGCCCGUUGUCACUAUUCCAGAUGUUCAGCUUGCAAAAUUGUCAGAGGUUGAGCCUUCAGAUACUGAUGAACCUUGUAAUAAUGAGAAUGUAGAUAAGCAGCUGAUAAGCGAACAUGUGGAUUUGAGUGCAUUGAAGCUAACGGAAUUGAGGGCACUUGCAAAGACUCGUGGCGUAAAAGGGUAUUCGAAGAUGAAGAAGAGCGAGCUUGUGGAGUUACUAAGUGGGAGUUUGGUAUGAUCCAUCAUGCACGAGAGAAGUAAAAACAAGAAACCUUUUUUUCUUAGUGCUUCUUUUUGUUUUGAUAUUAUUAUACAUUUCUGUUCAGUUUGCUUUGUACUUCUUCCCUUUAAAUCCUUCUUUGGAUUCUGGGGACUUUGACUAGUUGUGAAGCUACCCUUUUUCGUUUUUCCAUUUCCUAGGUUCUUUAUUGAUCGGUCAUUGGUGUCCAUGACCAUGAUGAGAUCAUUGUUGACUUGUGUCUCUUCUUCGAUCGGUUAGUUUUUUGUUGAAAAAUGCGUCAGAUUCAAUUAA